AAGUUGCCGUUAGCGCGCGCUUAAGGCUCAAACUUUUCAUUCUGCUGUCGGAGUUGUUUGUGCUGAGUCAGUGUCCGCUAACAACACACAAAGACCGAACUGCUAGAGGAUCUUUUCUUUCUCCUGCUCAGUGCUAACUAUCUCCUACAGCUUCCAUUUCCACGGAAGGCGGAAAAACACCUUUUCUCUUCGAUCUACGUUCACGCGAAUACUCUACAGCAAACAUGUUCGAGGCUCGCCUGGUCCAAGGCUCCAUCUUGAAGAAGGUGCUGGAGGCUCUGAAAGAUCUGAUCACAGAAGCCUGCUGGGAUGUCAGCUCGUCCGGUAUCUCCCUGCAGAGCAUGGACUCCUCUCACGUCUCCCUGGUGCAGCUCACUCUGCGGCAUGAUGGCUUCGACUCUUACCGCUGCGACAGAAACUUAGCAAUGGGGGUCAACCUCAGCAGUAUGUCAAAGAUCCUGAAGUGUGCAGGAAAUGAGGACAUCAUCACCCUCAGAGCAGAAGAUAAUGCUGAUACACUCGCGCUUGUUUUCGAGACCCUCAAUCAGGAGAAGGUCUCCGAUUACGAGAUGAAGCUCAUGGACCUGGAUGUUGAGCAGCUUGGUAUUCCAGAACAGGAGUACAGCUGUGUGGUGAAGAUGCCCUCUGGGGAGUUUGCCCGCAUCUGUCGUGACCUGUCUCAGAUCGGCGACGCUGUCAUGAUCUCCUGCGCGAAAGACGGGGUGAAGUUCUCCGCCUCCGGAGAGCUAGGUACAGGAAACGUCAAGCUGUCCCAGACCAGCAAUGUGGACAAAGAGGACGAGGCUGUUACGAUUGAGAUGAAUGAGCCCGUCCAGCUGAUCUUUGCCCUGAACUACUUGAACUUCUUCACAAAGGCCACACCGCUGUCCAAAACAGUCACCCUCAGUAUGUCUGCUGAUAUCCCCCUCGUGGUCGAGUAUAAGAUCGCCGAUAUGGGACACAUCAAAUACUACUUGGCCCCAAAGAUUGAUGAAGAGGCUUCCUAAGGUGUCUUCAUCAGAGUAUAAAGGAUGAAACGGAGAGAGGCAGAUGACUGGGACUCAUCCUGAGUGAUGGAAGGACUGAAGUGAUCUCUUGCCUGUAUGGUUGACUUAAAGAACAUUCAUCUGCUGUUAUCUAUGUGAGAAAGCUUCAGCGACAGCUGCUGGUUUAAGUCCUGACAUCCUCCAGUUUAAAUUCCAGCACUAGUUCCUUUGUUCUCGCUUCUUGCCUUGAAUGGGAAACCAGUUUUCAAGUUCUUUCUGUAGAUAACACACUUGUAAAUAAGUCCUGUGGUUUUCGCACUGUCGCUUAACUCCAGAUGUUUUUGUAAGAAUAAAAUCAGUUUGAAAUGAA